GGCUGUGCCGUGCGCCUGCGCAGCGCGGGCAGCUCCCCGCCCCCGGCCCGGUUGCCCUCGCCGCCACCGCCGCUGGCCGGUCCGGCCCCGCCGCCUCGCCCGGCUCUCAGCCGCCCGGUCUGCCCCGCAGCACCUAGCCCGGGCGCCGGCAGCAUGUUCAGCUGGGUCAGCAAGGAUGCCCGGCGCAAGAAGGAGCCGGAGCUCUUCCAGACGGUGGCGGAGGGACUGCGGCAGCUGUACGCGCAGAAGCUGCUGCCCCUGGAGGAGCACUACCGCUUCCACGAGUUCCACUCGCCCGCGCUGGAGGACGCGGACUUCGACAACAAGCCCAUGGUGCUCCUCGUGGGCCAGUACAGCACGGGCAAGACCACCUUCAUCCGGCACCUGAUCGAGCAGGACUUCCCGGGGAUGCGCAUCGGGCCGGAGCCCACCACCGACUCCUUCAUCGCGGUCAUGCACGGCCCCACCGAGGGCGUGGUGCCGGGCAACGCGCUCGUCGUCGACCCGCGGCGCCCCUUCCGCAAGCUCAACGCCUUUGGCAACGCCUUCCUCAACAGGUUCAUGUGUGCCCAGCUGCCCAACCCCGUCCUGGACAGCAUCAGCAUCAUCGACACGCCCGGCAUCCUCUCCGGAGAGAAACAGCGCAUCAGCAGAGGUUACGACUUCGCGGCCGUCCUGGAGUGGUUCGCCGAGCGUGUCGACCGCAUCAUCCUGCUCUUCGACGCCCACAAGCUGGACAUCUCGGACGAGUUCUCGGAGGUGAUCAAGGCCCUCAAGAACCACGAGGACAAGAUCCGCGUGGUGCUCAACAAGGCCGACCAGAUCGAGACGCAGCAGCUGAUGCGAGUCUACGGGGCCCUCAUGUGGUCCCUGGGGAAGAUCAUCAACACGCCCGAGGUGGUCCGGGUCUACAUCGGCUCCUUCUGGUCCCACCCACUCCUCAUCCCCGACAACCGCAAGCUCUUUGAGGCCGAGGAGCAGGACCUCUUCAAGGACAUCCAGUCUCUGCCCCGAAAUGCUGCCCUCCGGAAGCUCAACGACCUGAUCAAGCGGGCACGGCUCGCCAAGGUCCACGCCUACAUCAUCAGCUCCCUCAAGAAGGAGAUGCCCAACGUGUUCGGGAAGGAGAGCAAGAAGAAAGAGCUGGUGAACAAUCUGGGCGAGAUCUACCAGAAGAUCGAGCGGGAGCAUCAGAUCUCCCCUGGGGACUUCCCGAGCCUCCGCAAGAUGCAGGAGCUCCUGCAGACCCAGGACUUCAGCAAGUUCCAGGCCCUGAAACCCAAGCUGCUGGACACAGUGGACGACAUGCUGGCCAACGACAUCGCCCGGCUGAUGGUGAUGGUGCGCCAGGAGGAGUCCCUGAUGCCCUCACAGGCGGUCAAGGGCGGCGCCUUCGAGGGCACCAUGAACGGGCCCUUUGGGCACGGCUACGGCGAGGGGGCCGGCGAGGGCAUCGACGAUGUCGAGUGGGUGGUGGGCAAGGACAAGCCCACCUACGACGAGAUCUUCUACACCCUGUCGCCCGUCAACGGCAAGAUCACGGGGGCCAACGCCAAGAAGGAGAUGGUCAAGUCCAAGUUGCCCAACACGGUCCUGGGCAAGAUCUGGAAGCUGGCCGAUGUGGACAAGGAUGGGCUGCUGGACGACGAGGAGUUCGCCCUGGCCAACCACCUCAUCAAGGUCAAGCUGGAGGGCCACGAGCUGCCCGCCGACCUGCCCCCACACCUGGUCCCGCCCUCCAAGCGGAGGCACGAGUGACCGGCCGCGCCCCCCGGCCCCCUGCGCCCUCCUGGCGCCUGGGCAGGCAGAGGUGGGGGUGGGGUGGGGCAGGGCUGCCGGUUCUCAAGGUCCAUAAAGACUGAGCGGAUGUUUCCUCAGCGCUCGGAAAGGAAAACCCCCCCAUCUUUUCUUUUAAGGCCGUUCCUGGGCCCGACGGGGGAGGCAGGGGUGAUGCUCGAUGUGAAUGAUGGAAUUUUGUGCACAAGAACUAUGGAUAUUUUUAAUAUAUAACGUUAGAGGCAGUGUUCGUUCUGGCCGCAUCCUCUGUCGACAGCCCCACGCACACAGCCUCUGUCCUUCCUGUCCUCUCCUCCCCUCCUGGGCUCGGCCGCCUGCCACCAGGGGGGAAGAGCUUGCUGCCCACCACUCCCGCUCCCUGUCCUGUCCCAGUGGCUGCUGGGCCUGGGCCUGUGUGUGGACCCGGCUGGCCGAGCAUUUUCGGUUUGCUUCUGAGGGUUGCUUCACCGGAGCAGUGACUUCCUCCCCGCGGCGCUGCCUCGCCCGCUGUGCUCCGGGUUGGCGUUGGUACUGGUGUCUUCCCCUUCCCCUGAGCAGAGGCCCUGCUCUUCUCUCGUGGCCCACGAGCCGUGCCACCCCUGCAGCUCCCUCCCCAGCUUGGCAGACACAGGAAGACCCAGCUGCCUUUUGGGGGGCAUGAGGGAAUGUCUUCCAGGAAAGCGUAUAAGCUAGUUUUUAUUCUGUAAAGCAACGCCUUUCAUACUUGACCGAACUUUAUAGUAAUUCCCAACCACUUGCGGAGAAGCUGUGAUUUUUGUCUCCCCUUUCCCCACACCCCAGCCCCGGGCAGCUGCACCCGGGAGCCAGUAGGUGUGGGGCAGGUGCAGGCACAUCCCCGGCCUCCUCGUGGGGGCCCCUGAGCUUGUGCCUCCUGGCUGAGGAGGGGGCGGCCAUCCCGGCUCCCACUUUGCUUGUCUGAGUGUGACCUCCCCGUCACCCUCUCCCUUUACCGGGAGGUUCUGGUGCCCCCACCCCUAGGUGGGUGUUCAGUCCUCACGACCCUGGUUAGGGCCUCGGGCUGCUGAGAGGAAGGGUGGCUGGGGCUGCACCCACCUGGCCUGGCGUCCAGCCCACAGGGACCAGGGGAAACCCAGCACCUUCCCUUUUUUGAAGGAAGCCCUCGCCCACCCUUCUUCCUUCCUCUGUUGGGUAAAGCGUGGCAGCACGUGACAACCCCACCUCCCAGGCCGAGCACUGAGAAACCUGAGCCAGCAGCCGGGCAGCCUGGUGGGAGCCUGGGCACACUCCCUCACCCCUUGCCGGCCAGUGGGCGGCCACCAGGGCCUGAGCAACCAUCAUGCUGGUCACUCCAGCAGGGGAGCAGCCCCAGUGCUGAAGGCCUGGGCUCCACCAGCCUCCCCUGCCCGGUGCACUCACGAUGGGUGUCAGGGAACCUCCCGCAGCCCUCCCGGCACCGAGCUCUCCGAGCCUGUGCCCCAGUGUUGGCUGUGCCCCCCACCCCCCACCAGCCUGGCAAGAGGUGAGGAAGGGGACGGCCUCCUCCCAGGGACUUGGUUCACUCCUGAUGGUGCCAUAGGAAGAAAAAAGAACAAAAGAUCGAAGACCUUUUUUUCCCCUUGCAUUAAACAAGUUUAGUUGUGCCGAA